AUGCAAAGAUUGAUUGAGAGGCUAAGAGAACACAUCACUGUGGAGCCAGUUAUACUACUAUAUAUGAUGAGCAUCUUCAUUUUAAAUCCAUCCUAUCAGCAACUCAUCAUCACUAAGGUUUGCCAAGAACGGUAUGCUGGCACAGAAAUCUGCAGGAAUCAAGAAAAUUACAAGGAAGACAAAGAAAUCCAGGAACGUUCUUCCGUCAUCCUGCUAAUAUUCACAGCCACUCUAAGCUUAUUCUCCAUACCACCGGCUAUCUUACUGGGGUCCCGGUCUGACAGAGCUGGCCGAAAGCUCGGCAUGCUUUUGCCAAAUGCCUUGUCGCUGGUUGGCGGCGGCAUAUUAAUCACUAUAUCAAAGGUGGAAGGAGUAAAUAUCUACUGGUCACUUGCUGCAAGCUUCGUCGUGGGGCUUUCAGGGGGUCAUGUCUCCAUCUUACUUAGUUGCUUCAGCUAUUUAGCUGACAUCUCUGACUCCAGCAACCGCACCAUAAGAAUGGGAAUUGCAGAGUCCAUGAUUUUCAUAGGUGGGACCCUCGGGGGUCUCCUCAGUGGCUUCCUUCUCCAGAGCUAUGAUUUUCUAGCAGCUUUUGGGGCUUAUUGUGGCUGUCAGAUCCUGAGUGCUCUCUAUGUGGUUCUGUGGCUACGCAACCCCAAGCCUCCUAAUACAAACGUAUGCCUGCCAGAAGCGUCCUCGGGAGCAGAAUCCAAUAGCGAUGCUCAAGUCAGACAUUCCAUCCUGAUGUAUGCGAAGCGGACCUUCAGGGCAGUGAUGAAAAAGAGGCCGGGCCAGGAAAAACAAAAGCUGUAUUUGCUCAUCCUCUGCCUGUUUCUGAACAACACUAUCGCUAUGGGGGAUCAAGCCAUUCUGCUCCUCUUUUUGAUGUAUGAACCUAGAGAUUUCACAACAGAGCUCUACGGUGUGUUCAACUCCGCAAGAAUGAUUAUAUCAGGCAUUUUUCUUAUGUGCAUAUUCCCAUGGCUCUUACGCUGUAUAGGAGAAAUGACUCUGGCCAAAAUUAGUAUAUUUUUUCGUGGAGCCUCAUAUGCUCUUCUAGCUUUUUCAACAAAUGCAUGGAUGGUGUUUCUAGUGGCAGUAGUGGGGGCUCCGAGUGGAAUCCCUCAGGCUGUGAUUCGCUCCAAGUGCUCCGCUGUUGUUGGACCAGAUGAACAGGGUGCGAUGUUUUCCUUCAGCGCCUCAGUGGAAGCAUCAUGCAUCCUCAUCGGAGCGGUGAUAUUCAAUGGUCUAUAUUCUUUGACGCUGACAUCUUUUCCGGGGAUGUCCUUCAUCGUUAUGGCGGUGUUUUGCUUCAUCAUGUUAAUCUUCCUACAGUGGGUUAGUGAAUUGCCUGCCACUCAGCCCCAUUUCAUUUCCCAGGACUGA